AUGCCCCGCCGCAAGCAGCCCACCUCGCACUCGGAUGACGCCGACCAGCCUCAGCCGGGGCCUCCUCGUGUCACCAUCGCCGACCUCCCGCCCGAGAUCGUCCUCCAGAUCGUCGACCUCAUCCGUCAACCCCACCCCAACCGCUGCCCGCGCUCGGCCGCCCGCAACCCGGCCGCCGACAACCUGUUCGGCCACGCCCCGGGCGACAACGCCAACGAGCCGCCCAUCAACCCGGGCGAGGCCCUCCUCGCCAUGAUGGGCGGCCUCUUCGGCAUGGGCCAAGGUGCCCAGGCGGCAGGCGGCGCUGCAGGACCGGCCCCAGCUGCGCCCGCCGCGCCUCGCCCCGCCGAUGACUCGGACGACGACAUGCCGCCGCUCGAGGCCAUCCCUACGUCUACCACCGCGUCGACCGCCGCCGCCGCAUCGACCUCGCGCAACCAGGACGACGACGACGACAUGCCGCCUCUCGAGUCGAUCGAUGGCCCGACGACCUCGGUCCUGGCGCAAGCAGCUCGCGACGACGACGGCGACGACGACAUGCCGCCCCUCGAGCCCAUUCCUUCGCCCGUCAACCCCACGACGGCCCCUCGUGCCGCCACGUCGUCGUCUGCCCGUCCUGCGCCUGCCUCGGCGCCCGCCUCGGCCGUCAACCAGGACGACGACGACAUGCCGCCGCUCGAGCCCAUCGACGGCUCGUCCUCUGCGCCCGUUCUCGGCGCCGGCGCCGUCGACGAUGACGACAUGCCGCCGCUCGAGGAGAUCGACGGCGCGCCGCUCCCGGCCGACGUGGCGCGCGAGCUCGAACGGGCGCAGGCCGUCCGCGACGCACUUGGGCCCAGCCGCGACGACGAGACCGAGUGGGACGAGACCGACGAGGACGACGAGGACGACGACUGGGACGACGAGGACGACGACAUGUACAGCGACGAGGACUACGACGAUGCCCAGGACUCGGACGCCGACGACGACCGCAUCUACGCCGACGGCCAGCCGACCGAGCCGCUCCUCCCGCUCCUGUUCGUCAACCGCACGUUCCUUCACGCGGCGCGCCGCCGCCUGUACCGCACGCUCAAGGUCCAGUCGCCCUACGUCGCGAGCCUCAUGCACCGCGCGCUCGCCGCCGAGGCGCCCGCCGCCUGGACGGCCGCCGACCAAGCCGCGUUCGACGCGGCCGACGCGACCGACAUCGACGGCGCGCCCGUGCGCAAGAACUACCUCGGCGACGCCGUGCGCACGCUCCAGGUCGCGACGGGCGUCGAGGGCGCCGUCAGCCUCGGGCGCGGCGGCGCCGAGCACUACGUCGGCCUCGUCGCCCUGUCGCGCAACGUCGAGACGCUCAGCCUCCAGACCAAGUUCUACAAGAGCGCGACCAAGCCGCUCCUCAACGCCCUGUCGGGCCUCUCGCGCCUCAAGGUCCUCGACAUGACGUCGUCGGACGGCAAGCACGCCUUCAUCGUGACGACGGCGCGCCUGUACAAGCUCAUGCAGCGCUCGUGGCCCGACCUCGAGACGCUCGUCGUCACCAACCUCAAGCCGGCCGAGGACGGGCCCGGGCACGAGGAGGACGAGAUGUGGGACAUCGUGCAGGAGCUCGAGGAGGAGGCGUGGAACGAGAAGCAGCGCUCCAAGGUCGGCGGCGGCGGCGACAAGGACCAGGGCGAGGGCGAGGGCGAGGCAGGCGCGGCCAAGACCGACGGCGGCGAGGUCGUCAAGGCCGAGGGAGCGGGCGACAAGAAGGUCGGGCGCAAGCCGCAUGGCCUCACGAGCCUGCAGCUCGACGGGUUUAACGUGACGGGCAGCGAGAUGACGCUGCUCCUCCAGGACUCGGCCGACACGCUCAAGGACCUCCUCUUGCGCGACCCGGGUUACCUGUUCAGCCGCACCCAGCUCGCGGCCACCCUCCUCCAGUUCGGCCACAACCUCACCGACCUCGAGCUGCGCCUCCCUGCCUCGUGGGACCCGACGCCAAAGCUCUCGGCGAGCGCGACGUCGCCCGUGUACCCGGUGCGCCCCAAGGACUACGUCGUCGGCAGCCCGACGGCCGAGCACCUCAAGAAGCUGUCGGGCUACACCUACUUCCUCGACGCCGUCCUGCCGUUCCUCCCCAAGCUCAAGGCGCUGCGGUUCGAGGGCCCGUACGCCUCGACGAGCGUUUUCAGCUUCAUGCCGCCGACCCUCACGCACGUCGCGUUCGGCGACUGCCCCGACAUCAAGCCGAAGGCGCUCGCCAAGCUGCUCAACAAGACGGUCACGCGCACCAAGGUCGUCACCAAGCAGGACGGCGCCAAGGUCAACAAGUCGUACAAGUCCAAGCCGGCCCCGGGCCUCACGUGCCUCACGGUCAUCGGCGACGACGUCAACUGGACCGACGACGACAUCGCGCCUCUCGAGCGCGCCUGUCAGCGUCGCAACGCGUGCCUGCACCUCUCGAGCGACGGCGGCGCCGGCGGCGCCUUUGUCCCGCUCGUCGGCGGCCUAGGCGGCUUCGGCGGUCUCGGCGGCCUCCAGAACAUCGCCCCGCUCGGCGCCGAUUACGCCAACGUCCCUGCUCCCCCCGGGGUCGCCGCUCCGCCGCCCGCCGCGCAGCCUCGCCCUGCGGCCGCACCUCGUCCGGCGGCAGCCGCGCCCGCGCCCGCACCCGCACCCGCAGCCGUGCCGACGUUCUUCCCGGCGUUCAUGCCGGCGCCUCCCGCCCAGCCACGCGCUGCUGCCGCGCCCGCCGCCGCCCCUGCACCGGCGCCUGCGCCUGCCCCCGCUCGCGCACCGGCCCUGCCGGCCGCCAACAACGGCAACGCGCGCGCCAACCCGCGUCCGGCUGGUGGCGGAGGCUUCGGCGGCCUGACGGGGCUCGCGGGCAUGUGGGCGUCGCGCUAG